ACCAGGGUCGCCAGAGCCACAUCUCCGUCAGUCCGUCCAGACCCUCCGUCAGCGCCACUUCUAGUAAGAUGCGCAGCCUGUUUCUACCCAGUUGCGGACUCAUACUCUCUUCUGUGCUGAUCAUCGUAGGGCUGUUCUUCCUACUCAUCUACCCUUACGUCCUCGAGUACUUCGUCAACAAGGAGUUUCAGUUGAGUCCGACGUCACAGAGUUUCAAACACUGGCGGAAAACUCCCAUCCCGAUCACACUCGACUUCUACCUCUUCAACUGGACCAACCCGAGAGACAUCGGCAAGGACUACAUACCUGCCUUCAACGAACUCGGACCUUACAGAUUUUAUGAGACCAGAGAGAAAGUGAACAUAACAUGGAACCGGAACGGAACUGUCAGUUACCGGCAAGUGAGGACGUGGCACUUCAACCAGGCUGAGUCUGCGGGGUCUCUGGAGGAUGUGGUCACCACGGUCAACGGGGUCACUCUGACUGCAGCAUAUAUGUUGCGGAAUUCCGGUUACAUCCACCAGAAGUCCGUCGACAUGGCCUUUGGUUUCACCCAGCAGAGGAUAUCCGUGAGUCACUCGGUCAGAGACCUGCUGUUUGACGGGUACACCAACAACCUGAUGACCAUAGCCAACAACCUGCCCAAGCUCACCGACCUGUCAAGUCCUUUCGACAAGUUCGCCUGGUUCUAUCUGAGAAAUGCCUCACACACGUUUGAUGGCUGGUUCAAUCUGGACACAGGCGUAUCCGACAUGUCCAAGCUGGGUACUGUACACGCGUGGAACAACAAGAAGGACACAGGAUUCUUCUCCGGUAGCUGUGGGGAGGUGCGCGGAUUCUCUGGAGACCUGUUCCCUCCAGGGCUCAUUGGCAAAGAAACCCGGUUGGAGCUCUUCAGUCAAGAUCUCUGCAGGACGCUGCCGUUCCAGUACUCGAACGAAGAAGAGGUUCACGGUCUUCAAGGUCACAAGUUCAUCGGGCGGACAGACUUCGUGGACUCUGAAAGCAGGGACGAAGACAAUUCUUGUUUCUGCAACGGGGAGUGCCUCCCCAGCGGCUUGAUGAACAUGACCUCCUGCAGGUUCGGAGCACCGGUCUUCGUAUCCUUCCCCCACUUCCUCGACGCCAAUCCUGUGUAUCUCAGCAGAGUCCAAGGGCUACGCCCAGACCCCCAGAGGCACCAAUUCUACUUCACCGUCGAGCCCACAUAUGGAAUUCCCAUUGAUGUCGGCGCCAGAGUGCAAUUAAACAUGCUCAUGCAACCUUUUUCUCAUUUUUCGAUGUACAAGAAGGUUCCCAAGACUGUGUUCCCGGUGCUGUGGGUCGACCAGCGGGUGACGAUCAGUGAACGACUCGCUCGGGAACUGCGGAUGGCCCUGUUGCUACCAACAGUCGGAGUGGUGACCGGCUGCUCCGCACUCAUCACAGGUAUCGUUCUUCUGAUCAACCUCGUCCUCCGCGCCAGGAGAAAACCCUCAGACCAAGAACCAGUCAAGCCUCCUGGGCAUGUCGCCCUCGAACAAUCCCAAAACCAGCCGUCGACCCCAACCAUCAAGUCAUGAACCUGACCAAACAGGGGAUCAAGUCGAGGAAUUCUUGAACUAGAGAAAUGGCAUUUCUUACGUGGUGUUUAGUGCGGACGGUGGGCAGAUCGGUUGCUACGUACCCCGGCAUGAAGAUAAUGCUAAACCGACCUUGUGAGUUUUGUGUGGCCUUAACAUCGCCUGGAUAAGGUUGCCAUGUACACUCCCCCCCCCCCAAACGGACCCUCAAGUAGCUGGGUGACGGAGUUGCCCCUAGGCGCUUUCUAUUUAUUAAUAUUUCACUACCGAAGUUAGCUGGGUUUGUUUUCAAUUUUACAUUUAUUUAAAUUAUAUUUAACAGGGCUGUUAUCACAGUGUGAUUGUUCUAAAACCACUGUUUGGAACUCCCCAAACUACUCUUGUAAAAACUAUUUUAUUAAGAAUUUAAUCUGUUAUUCAGAAUAAAACAUUUAUUUUAUUUAUUUCAAGUGUGCUAACACACAAGAAGAUCCUCUUUGAGGCUUCUCGAACCGCUUUGUUUUAUAAGUGUGUAACUUAUGGGAUUAUAUUUAUUUCAAUCAAACUGUAAAUAUAACAGUGGUAUAACACAAUAUUUAACAAAAUUUUAGCGUUAAAUGACUCAGUUAACCGUGCAAAUUGUAAAAGUGUUCGUUCACACAAUCUCAUUAUCGUAAUCAAAUCAUAACUUUAUUUUAUAACAUAUAGUUUACAUGGACGUACAUGAGUUGCUGUAUCGUUGUCAGAAAAUGUAACAAAAUUAAUAAAUAUUUCAUUCUAAACCGAAGCUAUCCAGACGGAUAGGGGAGACAUUUAAUUCAAUGCCACAUAUCGCAUGUUACAGAAACAGGAGGGAAAUAACCUAACGGCCAUAAUAUAAUAACACAAUAACACUUGUUAUUUUUAUAGGUAAAUAACAACCAUUACGCUAUCAUAAGUUGAUUUAAAUUUAGGCUACUUAAAGUAUUCAAGUCAAUCCGAUCCUACGUUUUGAUGCGAAUCUAGAGAAACUACUUAUAAGUUGAUUUGUGUAUUAUAACCUUUAGUCGUAGUCAUGUAAUUAGUGAGUGCCAAUAUAUUAGUAACUGUAAAGUACACGAAUAUAUAGUUGUUAGUUGUUCGAAUGUUAUGUGCCAAAUGUUUAUAUCGUUGUUAAGUUUUAGUUAAGUGUAAACAGUGAUACCGUACUUAGGUAAUAUUUGUUUAAUAUCUUGCGUUUUGAUAAGAAUGUAACGUCUAUUUAACAGUUUAUGUUAAGUUUAGAUUUAUAAUAUGUAAGUUGUUCAAGAUUAAGUAUACAAUGAUUUCUUUUAGUACGGACCAUAUCAGGAGGGAUUGUGCUAUGUCAACUUUUAUUUUAUUAUGCAAUAUAUGAAGCCAAAACAGGUUUUCACUGAUAUGCUGUUUGGUUAUCAUACGAAAGUAUUAGUGAAAAAGGCCAAUUUUUCCGUGCUUAAUACAAUAUUUCAAUUGUUUAUCUAAUGUAAUCGAUUUCAUAGUAUAAGAGUAUUAACUGUCCUAGGUAAAAUCACAAUUUGCCGCUCUCAUUUUUACUUUAUCGUUAAGUUAAGUACUUUUUCCGUCUCAUCAAUUAAGAAUCUGUAUUUCUUUUCAUUCAUAGUGUGCUUCAGUGAUGUAACUAAGGAGGGAGUGAGGGAGAUAGCCCCCCUCCCCUUAAAGCCCCCUAAAGAAUUCAACUAUAUAUUAUAACAGCAACUCAACCUGUUUUAAGUACAACAGGUAAAGUUUUGACUCUAAAUUAGGCGUAUAUUAUUUAUUUUAAUUAAUAUUUAAUCCAUACACGCCGGUGAAUUAUGCUCUUUGGAUCAGAUUCACCCCAACAGAACUAGUUACGGCACUGCUGUGCUCGAAGCAUACAUUGGCAGAAGCUACUAGAUGAUGGUAGUUCACAUUUAUUUACACUGAAGAACCGGCUCUAAUGAGAACAUCUUGAUUUUAGCCCAAUAUGAACAAUGAUAAUUCUCAAACACUUCUACGCCAUUAUCUGUGUCGUAGAGUUAUUUAAGGGUCUCAAUUUAAAUAUAUAAUUAAUUUGAAUGCAAACCUUUGUUUUUGACUAUUUAAGGUUUUUUAAUAUUUUUAUUACGAUUUAAAAAAGUGUAGCCUAUUUUAGUAUUAUCCAGAGGCCAUUAUUUCUUUAACAGUUUUUGUUACCUAAAACAUCUACAUCAUUGGAAAUAAUAGACUUUAUUUGACUUUCUGUGAAAAUUCCAUGUCAUUAUGAAGAUCGCUUAUUGUCUUCUGCGUACCGAAAGGAAGGAUGUCGGUGAAAAGGCGGCAACUAUGUCCCUAUCUACUAUUUGUUGCAGGCUAUCAAUAAUACGUAAGUAUAUAGUAUAUACUUACGUAUUAUAGUAUAUAUUAUAUACUUACGUAUUAUAGACAUAAAAAAUUUAAAAUCGACAUUUACGAGCGCUCACGUGAUCUGAGCUUGAAUUUAGGUACUAUCUAUAGGGAAUUUUUUUCUGUUUUCCGCCAGAAGUGCGGGAGGCGCCACCGAUUUUCCAAUAGGUACUUUCUCGACCUCAGUUCACUUGGCAAAUCGCCCAACGUGAUCUGACGUAUGGAAAGUACCGUUAGGAAAUGCCCAUGACCAUCAUUGGGGUUCUCGGUGGCGCGGGUGGUGCCACACUUCUGGGAAUAAAAUCAUCCUUCAAGAUAGCACCUGAAUUCAAAUUCAGAUCACGUCAGCGCUCGUAAAAGUUAUCUUUAACUUUGGUACUAUAGUAGUAACGUAUUUAAGACAACCUAAUGUAAACCUGUGCUUAUAUCGCUUAAUAACAAAUGGGCACAGAGUGGCCUACUUCUCGCUGUCAUUGCUUCCUUUUGUUUGGUAGAAAACAAGAACCGAUCUUAAUAAUGUCAUAACAUUUUCACAGUAGGUCAAAUGAAGUUUUUUCUUUCUAAUAUUGUAUUUUUUAGGUUCCCGGUAAGAAAAACUGUUCUAGAAAUAGUGACCUCUGUAUAAGACCAAAGUACCAAAAAUGAUUUUUAAUGAGACACCUCCCAUAUGGCAAAUAAUAAGGGUGUAGUAAUUUUAAAAUUUAGUAUUGUUCUAGUCGGCUAAAACUCAAGGUCCUUUCAGUACAGUUGGAAAUUUGCAAAACCGUACAUCAGUUGAAACACAGGUGUUUGUACGUGUAGUGCGUACGUUAAUUAGAGAUAAGAAACAAAUAAUAUUGAUAUUGAUUAACAUAACAGCGUUAUAAAAAAGAUAGUAAAUGGAUAGUUCGAAAAAAAAAACAAAUUCUUUUGUAUAGCUGUCGAUUUAAUUAAUUGUGUUUAUUUCACUUCAUGUUUUAUUUUGUGACUUGUGAAUGCAUGACUUUAGUAUACUGGGUAAUUAGAAACAGAUAAUAAGUGUUUUUCUAGAUAUCUUAACUAAGUUCACUCGUCAAUGUAAUAAUUGUAGUUCUGAUUUUAAAUCAUGUCAAUUAAGCUAUGUUAAUGAUGUAUUGUUUCCAAAGGAAAAAGUACGUGAUAAAAUAAUCUAUCAAACAUAUUUAUUAAAGGUUUCAUAACUGCUUUACAUAAGACAUGAAAGGUGAUCUUAAAUAUAAUAAUGUUAUAAUGUUGUUAGAUGUUGUAAAAUGUUAAUCUUACCUGUAUAUUAUAUGUGAACUGUAAUAGGAAAACUAGAUAAGCUCAAUAUAAAUUAUGUUAUUAUUAUUUAUACAAACUGAAAAUAAAUAUUUUGAUGUAAAUAAAA